AUGACCUCCCCACGCACCCUCGCGUCCAGGUCCGCGAUAAUCGCGCUGCUGGCGUGCGCCCUCGCCGUCGCGUCCGCGGCUCCCGGCGUCGUGGAACCCACCACCGGCAUUUCUUCCGACGUGUUCGACAACAUUCGCUCGCAGGGCAGACGUCUUUCUGAGAUCAUCCGAGCGGGCCUCCCAGCGCCCGAGCUCAGGAGCGCGCUCGGAGGGCGUAUCGCUCGCGCGCGCCCCGAGCCUACCGUCCGGGGGCGUUCGCUCGCCGCGAAGAAGAUCUGCGAGUGGAACCCAUGCGGUGCCGAUGAAGAGGACUGCGAAGACUGCGAUCUGAAAGCCUCUGUGGUUUAUGACUUCAAGCCAGAAACACCCGAGGGGAGGACCGGAUUCGACAUCCUCGAGCCCAUCGUGACUUGCAUGGACAUCACGCUCGAGGAAGAAUGCAAGAUGAAACCCUCGUGCAUCUGGUAUACCGACGAGACCCCGGGGUACUGCGACGGUGACUGGAACAGCAUCAACACGGCCCCUGUUCCUGCCAGUGCAUGUACCGCGGCUGAGAAAGUUGACGUCACCAUGACGACCCUGAUAGCCCGAGAAGCUAUCGCCUGCCAGAAGUUUCAGACCGAAUCAACCUGCAACGCCGCGCAAGGUCUCACUUGCGAGUGGGAGGACGGUAUGUGCUCGGUCGGAGGUUUGAAGUUCUUUUUGGAUUUGGUCACCGGCUCGGCGAAGGACCUGCACACGAUCGUGGCCCUAGGCAGACAGGCGGAUGCCUGCGCCACGAAAACCACACAGAGCACCUGCGCCGCCGUCACCGAAUGUGCUUGGAACUCAGGCACCUCACUCUGCGACGUCGCCGAUGCCACGGUCAAGUCGAUCGCGGGCGUCGAGAAUCUCAGCGGAGUUUUGUCAAAGUGGAACACGUGCCAGAGCAAGAGCCAGACCGACUGCACCGGCGAUUGCAAGUGGGCCAACGGCAACUGCGAGCUGACUAGCAAAAAAGUUAGCGAGACGCUCGUUGACGGCAUGAGCGACGGAGCUUUCAAGACGUUCAUCGCGGACGGGACCUACUGCACGAACUCCCGCGCAUCGGACAGAACUACAUCACAAGCGAGUCUUUCGAGUUGCUACACCAGCGGCGGUAAGUACGAGAACGGAACCAGCCUGCCAGGGGACUGCGUUAUAUCCGACGAGAUAAAGCACGUUGUGGCUGGUAAGCCCGAGUGCUUCUACUUUCCAGGCGAGUCCUGGUUCGAGGCCAUCCUCAAGGCGCCGUAUCCUGGGUAUGACAAGAGGUGCCCCAACGUCAUGGAUCGGUUCAUGAUAAAGGACGAACAGUGUCAGAAGGCCAGCACAAAAGCCGAGUGCGGCACGGGCAACUACAAGGAAUGCCUCUGGAAAGAAUACCCUGAUGACGAAGGAGGGAACAGGUGCGAAUUUAACGGUGAGUACAUCUGGAAAUUGAUCGUCGGCGACGUAGACGGCGACCACCUCAUCUCCAUCAUGUCUUCUUGCGGUAAGCAAAGCUCCGAGGCGGCCUGUGGCGCGUUUGAGAAGGACAUUGAUUUCUUCGGUCUCAAGUAUCCCGAUAAAUCCAAGGUGAAGACGACUUUGGGCUUUGCGAACAUCGACUCCAUGGACAAAUCGAACGCAGAAGAACUCCAAAAAGCCGUCGCUGAUGCUGUCGGUGGAGACGUCAAGGCUGACGAGAUCGCCGUCAAGGGCGUACAGUUCCCCGUCGAGUCGAAGAUUGAGCUCUCAACCUCAAAGAGUGAAAUCGACAAAGACCGCGCCGGCUUUGAGACAAAGUUCAAGACCGGCCUCGCGGCAGACCUCGGCGUUCUCCCGUCGGAUAUCGUCAUCAAAGACAUCAAGGAGUCAUCGCGUCGCCGCCGUGGCCUCCUCUCCUCCCACGUCCAGGUCGACUUUGAGGUCGAUGGGGCUCCCGACGCUGUGCGCGCCAAGGCACUCGCCAGCCAGGUUCAAUCCGCCGGAGGUCUCUCCAGCCUCAAGACAAACACCGGCGCCACCCCUACCAUCCCCGCGGGCACCACCCCAAGUUACGAGCUUCGCUUGGACGUUGAGCCAGUGAGCUCUGAUCCAAACGGCGUCGCGGCGAAGCUGAACACCGCGACGAUCACCAUGGGAGGCCAAACCGCAAAGGUCGAGACCAAGGCGAAGGUUGAGAAAAAUACCGCCGUCCUCUAUCCACCUCCUCCUCCACCUUCUCCUCCGCCAGGAGUCUCGGCGGCCAACGGCGCGAAGAUACUCACCGAGGAGAUGGACAGGGUGCGGACCGUGGAGCGCAAGCCCGGCGAGUCCCCCGCGCUGAAGCUCACCGAGAUCCUCAACUUCACCCCACCCGGGGAUCUGGAACAGUACGUGGAGCUCAACCAUCCCGCGGUGCUCUGGGUGCUCGACGCAGACAAGGACGGGAUGUUCGGAGAGGAGGACAUACACUCGUUCGCGUGGAUGAUGGGAGAAUACACCAAGGACUGGCCGCAGUACCAGUGGAGAGACCAGAUCAAGGGCUUCUGCUACAUGCAGCUGUACGAUAGGGUCCUGAGUAACGACGGCGCGGGCGGGGACUCGGUGCAGAACGCGAGGAACGCGCCGCAGUGGCUGAAGGAUCUGGAGGCGACGAGGCCACCCGCGCCGGACGAUCCCAAGAAUCCCGCCGCGGGAACGGGCAUGCCCGCGUUCCAGGCGUGGAUGGAGAUGGUCAUCGAGGAGAACAGCCCGCGGACGUUCGAUCACGACGACUUUCCCGGGACGGUGUACGUGGAGAGGGACACGAUGCACGACCUGUACUGCAUGUUUCAGGUGAACAAGUGUUGGGGCACGUUUGGCAAGAGGAACUUCCAGGACUUCCUGUGUUGGCUGCAGAACGACGCCGAGGUGAAGGGUUUGCUGCCUCUGGACGACGACGAGCUGGACGAUUUCGUGCCGAUGGAGACUGUACGGGACAUGGUGGAGGAUAUCAUGAGGGGAUACAGGUGCAUUAACGUACACGUGAACACCGAAUAG